UCAGCCUGACACAAGUCAUGCCGCGGCAUCGAGCAGGAUUGUGCAGCAUCGUGCAGUAUUGUGCAGCUGUGUACAGCUGUGCGAGGCAGCUUCACGCCAGCAAAGCGGGAGGGGCCGCAACCAGAGCUCGCAUAUAUUAAGCGACAACCGGGAAGCAUCUCAGCCUCCGCCGAGAAUCACAUAGGAAGGAAGGACGGAAGGAAGGAUGGUUGCGGUGCAAGCGUCACCCAGUCUCUCUCCAUCGCCCGAGUGGAUCUGCUGUCUGGACAAGAGGCCUUCAGAGCGCUCAGAAGAGGAUGUGGACAUUAUCCUGACCAGGCUGAAAGAAGUUAAAGCCUUUACCAAGUUUCCACCUCCACUCUUGGUGCAGAUCUGCACCUGUGCCUUCUAUGAAUGUCUGGAAAAGGGCAUCACAUUGUUUCGACAAGGAGACAUUGGCACCAGCUGGUAUGCCGUCCUGUCAGGCUCUCUGGAUGUCAAAGUGUCGGAAACAGCCAAUCACCAGGAUGCAGUCACCAUCUGUACGCUGGGUAUCGGGACGGCCUUUGGAGAGUCGAUCCUGGAUAACACGCCGCGCCACGCGACCAUCAUCAGCAGAGAGACCAGCGAGCUGCUUCGAAUUGAACAGAGGGAGUUUAAGACCCUCUGGGAGAAGCAUCGUCAGAGCCUCGCUGGACUGUUGGCCCCUCCUUAUGGCGCAAUGGAGAGUGGAUCCAACAAUGACAGACUUGCAGACAAAGACCACAUGAACUCAGACUCUGCAAACAAAACUCACAAUAAGAUUCCCACAGAGAAACUGCAGAGAGCGGGUAAGGUUCUCCGCAACGCCAUCCUGUCCAGAGCCCCUCACAUGAUACGCGAUAGGAAAUAUCACCUCAAGACUUACAGACAAUGCUGUGUGGGGACAGAGCUGGUGGACUGGCUUGUGCUGCAGAGCGCAUGCGUUCUCACUCGUUCCCAUGCUGUUGGGAUGUGGCAGGCACUGCUUGAAGAUCAGGUGCUCAGUCACGUGGACCAGGAGCUGGGCUUCCAGGACAAGUACCUGUUCUACCGCUUUCUUGAUGACGAGGAAGAGGACACGCCGCUGCCUAGUGAGGAGGAGAAGCGGGAGAGCGAAGAGGAACUGCCGGAGACCAUCCUCUUCCUCGCUCAGAUUGGACCGGAUGCACUGCUGCGAGUGAUCCUCAGGAAAUCACCUGGUCAGAGGACAGGCGACGACCUCGAGAUCAUCUACGAUGAGCUGCUUCACAUCAAGGCCUUGGCGCACCUCUCCAACACUGUGAAGCGGGAACUGGCGAGUGUUGUCAUCUUCGAGUCACACGCUAAAGCCGGGACUGUGUUGUUCAACCAAGGAGAAGAAGGCACAUCGUGGUACAUCAUCCAGAAGGGCUCCGUCAAUGUGGUUAUCUAUGGCAAGGGGGUGGUGUGUACACUCCAUGAGGGUGACGAUUUCGGAAAGUUGGCCCUGGUCACAGAUUCACCUCGUGCUGCCUCCAUUGUCCUGAGAGAGGACAACUGCCACUUCCUUCGUGUGGACAAGGAGGAUUUCAAUAGAAUUCUCAGGGAUGUGGAGGCCAACACAGUGCGUUUGAAAGAGCACGAGCAAGCUGUGCUGGUCUUAGAGAAGAGUCCUCGAACCUCCAGCCUUGGAAGCAUCAAAUAUACUGUGAUCUCAGGAACUCCAGAGAAAAUUCUUGAGCACUUUUUGGAGAGCAUGCGGAUGGACAUACAUCACAGUGAACCAGACCCAGCAGUGGACGACUUUGUCCUCAUGCACUGUGUCUUCAUGCCCAACAGCCAGUUGUGCCCUCUGCUCAUGGCACACUACCAUGCGGCCUCCCCGCCCGGCUCAGAACAGGAGCGGUUGGAGCAUGCGCUCAACUAUAAGAGGAGGGCUCUCAUUCUGGCCCUGCGCUGGGCGAGCACACACACAUUCCUCCUACAGGAGGAGCCUGCUGCAAUUUCGUUCCUUGAGGAAUUGUUUGGAAGUGUAUCAAAUGACUCACGGAUGCUCAGAGCGUUGAAAGACCUGGUUCCUGACCUGGAGAAAGUUGUCAAGCUGCACUCGGAGGAAGCCAAGACCACAAAAAAGAAGACUUUAAUACGGCAGUUCAGCAAUGGGGAGGAGAGACUGCAGAAGAAACAACCCAUUAGAAAUCACGAUGACAUCCUUCUGAAGGUGCACUGCAGUGAUCACACAUACACCACGAUUCGAGUUGCUGUGGCAGCGACGGGCAGAGAACUGAUAUGCGCCGUGGCCGACAAACUUGGUUCCACUGACGAGCUCGUGCUGGUUCACCUCAGCUCUGCCGGCGAGAAACAAAUUCUGAAACCGAAUGACGUGUCCGUGUUUUCCUCUCUGAGCAUCAACGGGCGGUUAUUUGCUUGCUCACGAGAGCAACUCAGUAGUCUGACUCCUCUCACAGACCAGGAGGGACCUUCUGCAGGCUCUAUGUCCACAUUUGAGCUGAUGAGUUCGAAGGAUCUCGCCUAUCAAAUGACGAUGUUUGAUUGGGAGCUCUUCAGCUGUGUGCACGAGCACGAACUGCUCUAUCACACGUUCGGCCGGCAGAGCUUCAGAAGAACCACAGCCAACCUGGACCUCUUCCUGCGAAGGUUCAACCAGGUUCAGCUGUGGGUGGUCACUGAGGUGUGCCUCUGUGCGCAGCUCAGUAAGAGGGUGCAGCUCCUUAAGAAGUUCAUUAAGAUAGCUGCACAUUGUCGGGAAUUCAAGAACCUGAAUUCAUUCUUUGCUAUCAUAAUGGGUAUGAGCAACCCUGCUGUCAGCCGACUGAGUCAGACAUGGGAGAAGCUGCCGACCAAGUUUAAGAAGUUCUAUGCUGAGUUUGAGAGCAUGAUGGACCCUUCCAGAAACCAUCGAUCCUACCGAUUGACUGUUACCAAGCUCGAGCCGCCAAUAAUCCCUUUUAUGCCCCUCCUACUCAAAGAUAUGACAUUUACGCAUGAAGGCAACAAGACAUUUAUUGACAGCAUGGUCAAUUUUGAGAAAAUGCGUAUUAUAGCAAACACAAUUCGACAAGUGAGGCACUGUAGAAGCCAGCCUUUCAAUCCCGACAUCUGCCAGCCCAACAAGAAUCAAGCAGAGGUCAGAGGUUACGUCAGGAAGCUCUGCGUGAUCGACAACCAGAGGGCGCUGACGCAGCUCUCGUACAGGCUGGAGCCUCGGCGGACAUGAGAUUCAAAUCUUUCACCGCGUCGCCUUCCUUGUGACUGCACACAAAGCUGAGCGUGAAGUAGCAAAACACAACAUUGACUUUGAAAACUCGAAGGACAAAUACUGUGCCAAUGAAGGCCUCUUCCUAUCGCUGUGUCUUAGCCCCGAGAACGAGGCUUAAUACUGUAAUAGUUGUUACUGUUUUGGGACCAUUUAGAUAGAACUGUCAUGUAAAGAACCAAUCAAUAACCUGCAUGACUGAACUUCAUAGGCUUGGUGUUCUAUACAGUGGAUUUCUAUCAGAGUGUCCUGCAGUGUCGCGUUACCUAACAAGCUCUGUCCGUCUCCAAAUGCUCCAAACUGUUGUGCAAUCUAUACUUCAAUACCUCCAUCCUAAAUAUAGCAAACUCCCGUUUAUCGCGCUAGAGAGGUACCGAACAGUUUUAUCCCUUCCAUUCAAUUAAAACAUAUUUUAAUUUAUUCAAAUACACUUCAACGGAUUCAAUCAUAAGUUUCAAAGUAUUCCUUAAUGUCUGAACUGCCCCUCUUUCAGGGAUUUUGUCACUCUUGUCACUGUGAAAUUUAAACAUAAAGUAAAAGAGACUCUAACUAAGUCUGCUAGCUUAAUGCUAACACAUAAUGCGAAACACAAUAAACAAUGAAAAAUAGCAUAGAUUUACAGUAACUAUACACCCUCAUGAUUGACUGCCGACAGGUUCAGGUUGUUCACCGCCUCUCGCCCACAAGUAAGAUGGGAUACGCUCCAGGAUGCCCGCAACCCCAGUGAGGAUAAGUACUGAUAAGAAAAUGGAUGGCUGGAUAAACCCUCACUCAAUUAUCUUUUUUUUUUUUUGCCACGGAGAAUACGAUACUGAUAGGAAUUUUCUGUCUGCUCUGUGAGAACGACGAGUAUUGCCUGUGCUAGCUUGGGGACCUUCUCUUCCAGUAGAGUUCAAAUUGCAGCACUACGCGGUACUUGGCAAAGUAACUGUAAAUUCACUUAACUUUACAGCCAUACUUCGACAUCCAAGUGACUCAUCUAGCAAGUUUUUUCGGGAUAAGACCCAUCGCUAUGUCGAAUUAUUUUUUUUCUCUUGUAACCAAUAGACGGUGGCAGCAAACUUCACAAUAAGGAACCAUUAUUUUUUCCAGUUACCAGUUGAACUUUAACACAAAAAAAAAAAGAAUUACAAGUUGUGUACUUAAUCAAACUACAAACUUCAGUGGUCCACUAGCUUAAUGCCAACACACAAAUGCAAAACGCCAACCAUGGACAGCCCAAUGAAACUAACAUUAACGUUGUGGUAGUUGUGACCCUUCAACCAAAAAUAUAGAAACGCAAAUAAUGCAUCAACACAUAUACAUCACCACAACAGUACUCACAAAAAUAUACAAAUAGCAAAUGACUUGUUUUACUACGUAACUGAAACUCUCAUUGGUGGAUGUCUGUGUUACACUGCUCCCUGGUGCCCACGAUGGGUAUAUUAAAUUGAGCACAACGUGUGGCUGGACAAAAUGAAUGCCAUAUCUACAGUAUUCAUUUCAAUUGGGAAAAGCGAUUUGAGAUACAAGCGUGGUCACAGAACAAGUUAAACUAGUACCCUGGGUCAUCACCCUUGACUGUAAAAAAACAUGGGGAAAAAAUGAUCACUUAAAUAUCAACAGGGGUAUUGAGUGAAUGAUGAUGAUGUGGGGCAACACUACAUUCCAGUUCAAGGUCCCAUUUAUGAGACACAACUACACACACCAAAUUACAUCUUGAUCCAAUGCGAAUCACAGCAAAUGAUCUCGUGGAUUUUUGUCUUUUCGAUGAGUCUGGUGAACACGCCUCACAACAACCUUACCAAGUAUUAAUUAAAGCCCUAGUGGUGUUCAAAGAGUGACAAAAUUUGUCACGGUCAUACGACUUUUUCAUUUUUGCCUUGGAGUAAAACUCCUGAUAGGAUCUGCUUGUUGUUAGGAUCUGUUCUGAGAUCAGUUAUAUGUUUGGCUGUGUAAACUUAAAAAGGAUCUGAGAAUUUCAGGAUAAAUCUCGCCAACUUUUGUGGGUCUGCUCUGUCCAGCUGUGUUAGUUCUUCUGUGGGUGUAAAUUAUGGGUGCGAUAUUGACAUGCGUCAUUCAUUUUCAUUUGAUCUCAGGAGCUUUAAAUGUGCUGGUGUGUAUCAAGAACUGCCUCGUGGCUUGCGUCCGUCAUGAGCAGCUGCUAUCUGUGCUGUACAUGUUAAGAAAUAAAAAA